AUAUCGGAAUUUCACAUAUAAACAAGAAAACUAUGUCUUUGCAUGUAUGACAUGUCAUGGGUGUUACUGUUGCACUCCUUGUGGCACAAAAGCAGGGGUGGCAAACUAUUGCCCAGGGGCCACAUGGACUAUUUAAUCUGACCCGCCAAACUAGAAGAUAUUAGAUUGCUAAUCCUAAUUGUUGUUUUAUUUUCCUUAUAUUUCAGGCGUCACAGAAACUUUGUUUAGUUGUAGAAAAUUAUUCUGCAUUCAUGUGGUGUUGGAAGAUUUGUUGUCUUUCUGAUGUUCAUGUGUGCUUUCUGAGUUAGACAGACAUUUUUCCAAUCAUUCCAACACCACAUGAAGGCUGCAUUUCUUUAAAUUUCUUUUACAUUUUUUUCCCCUGAGGGACGUCAAUCUAUUAUUUCUCCCAUGAGGUGGAUCACCAGAACAAUCCACAUAACUGCUCCUAGUCUGGCCCUACUGUUAAAUUUUAGAAGCCUUUGCGGUCCACAAGUCAAAAAGUUUGCCCGCCCCUGGGUUAAAGGCAUUGUUGGAUCAAUCAUCAUCAAGGUUGAUAGUGAAGAUAGUGGUGGAACUCCCACAGACAUUAUCCUGCUGCCCCCUCACAGGUGAACAUCCAGGGAAGAAACAUUUUAGAGAGUGAUUUCUGGACCAUCAACACUGACCUCAUGUACAGGAAGGUCCAAAGCAGGUGCUGCCUGCUGAGGAGUCUGUGAUCCUUUUGGAGGGAAGGGGUCACUCUUGAGGACCUUCUUUGACUUUAGCCAUCCUGUACGGCACCACCGGCUGGAGCAGCAGCAUCUCAGAGAGGUGAAGUAUGAAGCUGGACAGUCAUGACGAAGGAAUCAACCGGUGAUGAAGCAUAGGUGGCAUUUCAUAGGUGGUGGUAGCAGCAGACAAGUCUGUUCAUGUUCUGGUGCCCCCACACCAGCACCCACAGACAUCCCAAUCCCGGUGGUUUCACAUGGUUCUGCUGGAUGGAAGGAGGCGGUCCAUGAUAAAUGGCGCUGCCGCGCUGUUUUGCGCAGUCAGUCGCUCCUUCCUCCACGCAGACGGGGCUCUGACGGAGCAGCCCGCUCUGACAGUGACCUGUGUCCGAUCUCCCACCGUUUGAUCAAGUCACUCUUUUUGUGGGAUGCUUGGAUUUUAGUGUGUUUUGUGAGCCCAAACCGCGUUUGGAUAUUUUGGCACACUUUUUUACGCACGCCGUUGCUGGCGUGACGCGGACAAAAACUCGUUUUUUUCUUCCUUAUUUCAUUUUUCUGACGGUGCAUUUCGGGGAGACGAAAGUGAAACCAGAAGAGCAGUUCCAUUCCAGCAUUUUGCAAUUCUACUAAGGUCAUGUUUUCCAACGCCACGGCCAACUUUGUGCGUCAGAUUGACCCAAAUGGAAGCCUCAUUCAUGUGUCUCGGCUGAAUGACUCAGACAAACUAGUACCCAUGGGAUUGGUGGUCAAGCGUAACCGCAUCUGGGCAUGGCAAAGGCCCAAAUAUCGGCCUACAGACUUCAUUCUGAGUGACUUGCUGCAGGGUGACUUGAAGCUGGAACCGGGAGUCUCUCAGAUGGAUUUCCUCACAUAUAAGGGGACGUAUAUUGAUAAGAAAUCUGCGAUGUUGGAUGUGAGAGCUGGGGGGGCAAACGCUGGACUGGAAGGGCAGGGAGCAUCCAAGCUUCACUCAAGUUUUGACAAUCUGAAGAAAGAGGAACUGGAUGUGAGAAAGUUGCUUUCAGACUCCAGCAACAGGCUGGUGGACAUGCACCAUGUGCUGGUGCAACAGCUGGAGAAGCGAGCUGAUGUGCUGGCAGUGGUGAAGGAGCGGAUUCUCACCACCAGCCCGUGCUCCGUCACCCUGAGAAGGAAGCAGCAGUGUGGCUUUCAUGGUGUUCUUAGCCUCCUGAGCUUGCUGGGAAGCUCCGUCAGGGUGUGUGUGCAGGACCUCAGCAACGUUGAGAUGAACAGUGAUGUUUCCUUGGAGAUCCCCUCUGGAACGGUCAUUGCAUACAGCGUGCUAGAGCUGCAGGUCCAAAAAAACGGACACUACGUCCAUCAUCCACCCCAGAAGAACAUGAACACUCACUCGAGCACAGAUAUUUGCUUGCAGCCUGGAAGAAUUGGGGGGUUUGCAGAUAAUCCUGAUCCAAUUUCUAGAUCGUUGCAUCAUUCCACUGACACAGUCGACAGUUUAUGUAACUGGAACAACCCUAAAGAGGAAGUAGUUUGGGGUGUACGACAGAAUGUUGCAGACCUGCAGUGGGCUGACCUUGCUCCUCUGGCAGAUCUUCCCCAGUCCACUCGAUAUCCUUUGAUCAACCAGCUUCAGGAGACUCUGACGGAUAGAGCUGCUCUGUCAUAUCUGCAGGCUGUGUUGGAGGAAUUGUGCGAUGGUGACACAGUGGAGAGCAUAGAAGAGAGCUCUGAGAUCCAGAGGAAGUCCACCUUCUUGGACCAGCAGGAUCCCGUCUUCCCUGCUGAAGACCUUCAACGUGAAACUGCAAAGCUCAAAGCUGUUUACCUGCUCGUCAGCACAAUGGAUGAACUGCCUGAUGAAGCCCUGGGCCUCCUGAGCGAAAGCCGUCCUGUUGUCCUGCUGGCCUUCGAUGAACUGCUGAGCAGCUUGAAGGGCAGCGGCGGGUCCAUCUCCAUCGACUCUAUUCCUGUCCCUCUGCAGGACAACCAGGCCUUCCAGCAGGCCGAGCAGCUUUUUUACUCCAUCGGUGUCGCUUUGAGGAGGGAUGCUGAGCAGCUCUGGAUGGAGAGUGGACGUGAGGAUGAAGUUCUGCUGUUGCUCCUCAGCUUCAGCAUGCAUGGCCUCUCAUUGCUCCUCACUGGCUGUUAGUUAUUGUUUCUAAUUUCUUGUUAUUUUCAUGUUUUGUGCAAUUCUUUUCUGUUUUUUUUUCUUAUUUUAAGGUAUGGGCUUUUAUUGAAGUACUGUAGUAACCCAUCAUUGUCAUUAUUGUUAAAGCUUUUAUGUAAUAUUUAUUGUAUAAACAUAUUUGUUAAUAAUCUGUCAGGUUUUUUUGGCUAGUCAUGUUAGAAGCUCUUAUUCAAUUUAAAACAAACCAAAAAAUAAGAAAAAACUGCUCUGCUAAAUCAACCUCUUUACCUGAAAGUAUAAAUUGUUUUAAAAUUUUGUUCAAUAAAUGUUUUGUAUUAAUCCCUUUUAAAGUUUUUUUGUAAAAU